CGAUAGUCAAAUUGGCUUAGAGACACCGACCGAGGAUGGUCUGUAGAAAAGUGAACUCCGCGUUGUUCGGUCGCUCAAUUCCAAGUGUCAUUUAAAAUAUAUUUUUUAUUUUCAAUAAAAUUAUUAUUUAAAUAGUGUGUGGAAAAAAAGAGAGAGAAGUGAUUUAAUUAGGGGGAGAGAGAGAGAGAAAUUUUUUUUUUUUUUUUUUAUAUAGUGUAGAAAAAAAAACAUCGUGGGGGGUGAAGGGGUGACGUCAAACUGGCGCCAACGUCAGAUUUGAACGCCGGAUGGUCGGAGGAUUCGGAGCAAGGAACGUGGACUAAAGAAAUUCCUCAGGAUGGUCAGAUGAAAUGUCGUCAUAUUGGUGAACGAUCCAGUCGUUCCCUCAUCUCGAUAACAAAUUUUUUUCAUCCGGGGCAAAAAAACUUGUUCAGGGAAUUCGAUUGAAGAAGACAAAUCUGUUAUCAAGAAAAGAAGGGGGAAGAAGAUCUUUGCAAUAGAAUGUGCAGCUGAUCGGUAUGAGGAAACACUCUCUGAUUAUCCUAUGCUGUUAUCUGUACACCCUGUUUGACAUGGCUGCCUUGCACUUUCCUGAGAAAGUUUGUGAGGCUGUCCUUUCCACAGAGGUAGAAGAUUGGCAAGUUAAAGUCGAUAGUCUGUCGUCUCGUACAAUUCGACUUUCGGCGAGAAAACGCGGGUACCGGUUUUUUCCGAAGAUAGAAAGAGAGAUGGAGGUUGAAGAGUACGGACGAAAGGAAGUGUCCCUGUCGUUGCGAGAUAUUCUGCCCUUAAAUCCGAAGAAUUAUGACAAACACAGGGCUCCAAAGUUCUUGGGACAACCAACCAUGGUUUAUUUUCACGUCACUGUCCUCAGCAUUGAUUCAAUUAACGAGGAGUCCAUGACGUAUGUAGCGGACAUUUUUUUGGCCCAAAGUUGGCGCGACUCUAGAUUAAGGUUACCGGAGAAUAUGUCAGAGGAAUAUAGAAUAUUGGAUGUGGAUUGGUUGCACAAUAUUUGGAGGCCCGAUUGCUUCUUUAAGAAUGCAAAAAAGGUCACCUUCCACGAAAUGUCGAUACCGAACCACUAUCUGUGGCUCUAUCACGAUAAGACUUUACUUUACAUGUCCAAAUUAACUCUAGUCCUCUCGUGCGCAAUGAAAUUUGAAUCUUAUCCUCAUGACACUCAGAUUUGCUCAAUGAUGAUAGAAAGUCUGUCACACACUACACAUGAUUUGGUAUUCAUGUGGAAUAUGACGGAUCCUUUGGUGGUCAAUCCGGAAAUAGAAUUGCCACAGCUUGACAUUGCCAACAACUAUACAACUGACUGUACGAUAGAAUAUUCCACAGGAAAUUUCACUUGCAUACAGAUCGUCUUCACUCUUCGUCGACGACUCGGAUAUCAUUUAUUUCAUACUUAUAUACCCUCAGCACUUAUUGUCGUCAUGUCCUGGAUUGCAUUUUGGAUUAAACCGGAAGCAAUUCCAGCGCGAGUCACUUUAGGAGUCACAUCUCUUCUUACCCUUGCGACACAAAAUACACAAUCACAACAAUCACUGCCUCCUGUUUCUUAUGUGAAAGCAAUAGACAUUUGGAUGUCGUCCUGCAGCGUUUUUGUCUUCCUCUCACUUAUGGAAUUUGCUGUUGUGAAUAAUUACAUGGGACCUGUAGCAACAAAAGCAAUGAAAGGCUACUCGGAUGAAGAUUUAAGAGAAGCCAUCGACGAAUUUAAGACACCAAUGAGGCCAGAUUCGGAAAGAAGUAGAAGUCCAAUUCGACCACCGACUGUUCAAUACGACACAUGUUGUGAAGGUCGUGCAACAGCAAUUUACAUUGAUAAAGUAUCAAGAUUCUUCUUUCCAUUCUCGUUCUUUAUUCUUAAUAUUCUCUAUUGGAGUACUUUUUUGUAAUCAAAUAAAAAUGUAUGAAAGAUAAAUAAGCGAUAUUUUAAUAAACACAACAAUAAAUAGUAAUUAAUUAUAAAAUUAUAAAUCUAUAUAUAUAGUAAUUUGCGAGUCAUGUGUAACUUUUAUCUUAAAUUAAUAAUUUGUAGCCUAUAUACCAUAAUAUCAUAUAUAUGUAAUACGACUGUAUACUAAUUUAUUCAUACCAUUCU